AUGGAUUUCAAGGUCUCUUCCCUCCUCUUCAUUGCAAUCUUGUGCUUAAUCUCCUCAACCUCCACGGCCUUCAACAUCACCAAGAUCCUUGCACAAUACCCUGAGUUUGUUAGCUUCAAUGAUCUCCUAACCCAAAGCGGGCUCGCCAAGGAAAUGAGCAGCCGAGAAACCAUCACUGUGCUUGCUCUCGAUAAUAGCUCGAUUGGUGGGCUCUCUGGAAGACCCUUGGACAUUGCCAAGAGGAUCUUGAGUGCGCAUGUAAUUCUUGAUUACUAUGAUCAAAUAAAGCUUUCAAAACUUAAAAAGGCCAGCACUAUCGUCACCACCUUGUACCAAGCUAGUGGCGCUGCAGAUGAUCGACAAGGUUUCUUGAAUAUUAGCAGAACUGCUGAGGGAAUCAAAUUCGGUUCAGCAGUGAAAGGUGCUCCUCUCGUCGCAUCACUUGUCAAACCCGUGUACGCACAGCCUUAUAACAUUUCGGUGCUCCAAGUCAGCGAACCUAUUGAGGCUCCAGGGAUUGAGAACAAUGCUCCUCCACCACCACCUGCUGCCGUUCCCAAGAAGGCACCAGCUCCAACUGCCAAAUCUCCUUCCAAGGCUCCUGCACCAUCCAAGGUGGAACCAUCCACUCCAACUGAAUCACCGACCGAGGGGCCAGUGGCUGCUGAUGGACCAGUAGCUGAUGUACCCACAGCCUCUCCAUUGGCUGAUGCACCAAUGGCAGAUGAAACAACUGCUGAAGCUGCUUCUUCACAAAUGCAUGCUGGUGGUGCCGUCGUGGUGAUAGGAUUGUUGGCCUGCAUGAUGGGUUUUUGA